AUGGUUGGAUCUAUUUUUCGACUUGAUAGUAUUGAAUGUAAUGAUGAAGAAAUAUGGACUAUUCGAAUGGUAUUAUGUUCUGAACAUGAACAUAAAUUGGAAACACUUUUUCAACAUAUGAAAAAUGAACUUAAUAAUGGCGAAACAAAUAUUCUAGUCUUUGGUCAUCUAUUACGAAAGAUGGGUAAAUUAGAUGAUGCUGAAAAAUAUUAUCGUCGUUCUCUUAACACAUUUUCAUAUGAUGAUUCAAAUAGAGCACUUUGUUAUCAUGCAUUAGGUCUUGUUGCUGAUGAUAAAGGUGAUUAUGAAUCAAGUUUAAUAUGGUACAAGAAAGCACUUGAAAUAUUCCUGCGAAUAUUAAAAUCAAAUGAUCCAAAUAUUGCUCUUAUUCAUAAUAGUAUUGCUAUUAUUUAUCAACACAAAGGUAACUAUAAUCUCGCAUUAGAAUCAUAUGAGAACGCAUUGACUAUUUGGAAAGAAGUUUUUGGUGAUGAUCAUCCUCAUGUUGCUAUAUGUCUUAAUAAUAUUAGUAAUGUGUAUCGAAAUGAAAAGAAAUAUUCGAAAGCAUUAGAAUGUGUAGAAAAAGCAUUAGUUAUCUUUCAAAAGCAUCUUCCUGCUGAUCAUUCAGAUUUAGCUUCAACCUAUGGAAGUAUUGGUAAUAUUCAUUUAUGUCUUGGUCAUCAUAAUCAAGCAUUACAAUAUUAUAAUCUUUCAUUGAAAAUCUAUGAAAAAUGUCAUCCAUCUCAACAUCCUGAUAUUGCUAUAACAUUGAGUAAUAUUAGUAGUGUUUAUGAAGAUAAGAAUGAAUAUCAACAAGCACUUGUUUAUCUUGAACGAGCAUCAGAUAUUUAUCGUGAUUUGUUACCUUCAACACAUCCGAAUGUUAUUCAACUUGAACAGAGUAUUAAACGUGUUUCAGCGAAAUUAAAAUAA